AAGCGGUUGUCAUCUCAAUGCAACCUUCGAUGACCAAUUGAGCGACAUGAUUGGCCCUUCGGCAAUAAAUACUCAGUGUACAUAAGACUAGUCUGCAUCGGGGUUAAAUUGGCACUUGAUGGAUGCUUCACUUCGCAGCCAAUCUCGAAACUGCAACGACUUGGGAACUCUGAUGCGCUGUCUACAGUGGAACAAUAUGCAAUUGACUACGGAAUAGUUGAGAGUAUGGAUAUGAAGCAGUUUGAGUGAUGCCAGUUGUAUCAGCACUUGCCUGGUCGUUCAAUCGAACCCGUUGGUACACAUAGCUAUUGUUCCGGAUUGAACUUGACAUCUGCGAUUCUGACUUGCCAAUUCCACCAACUGGCAGACAUUAUUCCCAUCAUCUGACGGCUGCCGACAAAGAAACCCGAAAGUUAGCGACAAACACUUCACCCAUUUUUUCCAAGUGGCGCCCAUCAACCGCUAAAAAACUAGCCCUACCCUGAAAAGCGCCCAGGACUAAAAAUACCCACUUCCCUCCUCCGAUCCUCUUCCACCGCCUCAUCACUUCACCCAACCCAUCAAAGAGCCCAUAAUGUCCCCCUCGUGCUUCUCAUCCCUCCCCGCGCAACCAACCGACGAGAUCUUCGAUCUCCUCGCACUUUACCGCGCUGACGCCUCUCCCGACCGCGUCAAUCUCGGCGUAGGCGUCUACUGCACCGACGAGGGAAAGUCAUGGCCCUUGGAUGUAGUAACCCGCGUUGAGAAGCAGCUCUUUGAGGAGGCUAGCCUCACAAGACAUGAUUAUCUCCCCAUCGAGGGCGAUCAGCAGUUUCUCAAGGUUGCGAGGGAUUUGAUCUUUGAGGAGCAGGAUGAUCUGAGUAUCGCGAGCGUGCAGACUGUCUCCGGCACCGGAGCGAAUCAUAUCGGUGCGAGGUUCGUGGCCGAUUACUUGAGACCGCAGAAUAUUUGGGUGUCGGAUCCGACGUGGGCUAACCACCAUAUGAUCUGGGAAUCUGUUGGUAUGAAGCCGAGAUUGUACCCGUACUACAAGAAAUCGGACUGUUCGUUGGAUUUCGAGGGCAUGAUCAAGACCCUGGAGGAGCAUGCUCAGCCGCGCGAUGCUGUCUUGCUGCACGCUUGUGCGCAUAACCCAACUGGUCUUGAUCCUACCAAGGAGCAGUGGAAGGCCAUUGCGGAAGUCUGUCAGCGAAAGCAGCUCUUCCCCUUCUUCGACGCAGCCUACCAAGGUUUCGCAUCCGGAGAUCCCGCCGAGGACGCAUGGGCGAUUCGAUAUUUCUACCAACAGCAGCCCCGCCCCGACAUGAUCGUCGCGCAGUCAUUCUCCAAGAACUUUGGUCUGUACGGUCACCGAACAGGAGCUGUUCAUCUUGUUCUCGCGGAGCCUUCCAAGGAGAUUCGCGACAACGCAUACUCGACGUUAUCGUACCUGCUCCGAUCUGAAAUUUCGAUGGCGCCGAAAUAUGGAUCUACUAUUGUCAAGACGGUUUUGGACAGCGAGGAGUUGACUGCGGCUUGGAUGGCGGAUCUGCAGGUUAUGAGUAGUCGGAUUAAGAGUAUGCGACAGGCUCUUUAUGAUGAGUUGGUGAGGUUGGAGACGCCUGGUACAUGGAAUCACAUUGUUGAUCAGAUUGGUAUGUUCUCAUAUACUGGUCUUUCUCCCUUCGAGGUCAAGGUUCUUCGUGAGCGAUUCCACAUUUAUCUACUCAAUUCGGGACGUGUUUCCAUUUCUGGGUUGAACAAGAGAAACGUGCAGUAUGUCGCCAAGGCAAUUCACGACGUCCGAACACAGGGCCAUGAACUUAACGGAACAACCAACGGUACAAAUGGGACAAACGGCACAAACGGCACAAACGGCACAAACGGUAUCAACGGACAUUAAAUUCUGUUUUUGUUAUAUAGAAUAUAAGAGCUAGAAUACCCUCCCGGGUCAAAGUAGAGAUAUAACUUUUACAGCACUAUUAUGGUUUGUUCAAUUCCGAAUGCGACAACAUGUCGCAUUACCCCAUAUGUCGAUAAUUUCUCUACUUUAUUCUCUUUAUGGCUCCAUUACGCUUUGUAUUGUUGACUUCCUGUUAUUCUCUAUUUCGUCUCUCUCACUGAAGAGAAAAUGCGGUGUGAAGCUCGC